UCUAGUCUUGUUAUUCGUAAACACAUUGAUUCUGGGCAAACGUUUACAUCGUAACGAAGGAACCGGGUACUAAUUAAUCCAACAUGUCUUUAGCUGAUGAAUUAUUGGCCGAUUUGGAAGAUGACAAUGAUGUCGAUGAUGAUUUGGCGGGAAUGGAAGCCGCGGCCGAUGAAGUUCCCGAAGAUAUCGAACAAUUCCUAAAACCCACACCAAAUCUUAUGGAUGUUGAUGUCCAGGUUCAUUCCAUACGUGAAUUGUGUAAACUACGAGAUUCGGAACGGCUGCAGAAUAUUUUGAAACAAAUCGAAAUGUAUUCGCAGCGUCAACGCACGUCCAGUGAAAUGUUGGGCAAUGUGGAGUCAGAUCCAGAAUAUCGUCUAAUUGUGGAUGCCAAUGCAUUGGCCGUUGAUGUGGAUAAUGAGAUAUCAAUUAUUCACAAAUUUGCCAAAGAAAAAUAUCAGAAACGUUUCCCCGAAUUGGAGUCCUUGAUUUUGGGGGAAAUUGAGUAUUUACUGGCUGUCAAGGAGUUGGGCAAUGAUCUGGAUCAGGUGAAGAAUAAUGAAAAGCUGCAGGCUAUUCUCACCCAGGCCACCAUUAUGAUUGUUUCCGUAACAGCUUCCACCACUCAGGGCACUUUUCUUACUCCCGCCGAAAAAGCUCAAAUAGAUGAGGCCUGUGACAUGGCCAUUGAGCUAAAUAACAUUAAAACCAAAAUCUAUGAAUAUGUGGAGAGUCGCAUGACUUUUAUUGCCCCAAAUCUAUCAAUGAUUGUGGGUGCCUCCACGGCCGCCAAACUUUUGGGCAUUGCCGGUGGUCUUACAAAACUUUCCAAAAUGCCUGCCUGCAAUGUACAAGUUUUGGGCUCCCAGAAGAAAACCCUGGCCGGCUUUUCCAAAACCCAAAUGUUACCACACACUGGCUAUGUGUUCUUUUCGCAAAUUGUCCAAGACACUCCGCCCGAUUUGAGGCGCAAGGCAGCCCGUUUAGUGGCCGCCAAGGCGGUGUUGGCUGCUCGUGUCGAUGCCUGCCAUGAGAGUGUACACGGAGAAAUUGGUUUGAAAUUUAAAGAGGAUAUUGAAAAGAAACUGGACAAAUUACAGGAACCGCCACCGGUGAAAUUCAUAAAACCCUUACCCAAACCCAUAGAGGGUAGCAAAAAGAAGCGUGGCGGUAAGCGGGUGCGCAAAAUGAAGGAACGUUAUGCCCUGACCGAGUUCCGUAAACAUGCCAAUCGCAUGAACUUUGGUGAUAUUGAAGAAGAUGCCUAUCAAGAUGAUUUGGGUUAUUCUCGUGGUACCAUUGGCAAGACCGGUGCUGGCAUACGUCUACCCCAGGUUGAUGAGAAAACCAAAGUUCGCAUUAGCAAAACGCUGCAAAAGAAUUUACAAAAACAACAAGUCUAUGGUGGUAGUACAACGGUGAAACGUCAAAUUGUAUCCGGCACAGCUUCCAGUGUGGCAUUUACUCCGCUACAAGGUUUGGAAAUUGUCAAUCCCCAGGCGGCAGAAAAAUCUCAGACUGAAAUGAAUGCCAAAUAUUUUUCAAAUACUUCGGGAUUUUUGUCCGUUGGAAAAAGAACCACAUAAUUUACACGCACACAGCAUAAUUCCGAACUAGCGUUCGUUUUUGUUUAUUACAAAAAAAAAAACAAUAAGACAUCAAUACAAAAAAUCACUAUUCUUAAUAAAGAAAAAUAUCAUGAAUUAUUAAAAAAAUCUGAAGAUUCUGUAGACAAAACGACAUAUUUUUUUAUACAAAAAUAGUAAAAAAAUAAAAUUUCGAGGUAUUUGGUCUGGAAAAGCCUAGUCAUAAAA